UCCUCAUUAUUUGGUUUAACACUAAUAAAAAAUUAAAAAUGGAAGUUCAAUUUGUUGUUUCUGUAAUGUUUGUUAUUGUUGCUUCUUCAUCUUGUUUAUGUGUUAGAUUAACAUCAAAUGAUUUAAGCCACAGCUUCAAUGUUCUUGACUAUGGUGCUGUUGGGAAUGGCAAAAAUGAUGAAUCAAGGGCUUUUAUGGAUGCAUGGAAAGAUGCAUGUAGUGCAAUUUAUGAGAGUUCAACACUUCUCAUACCCAAGGAAAAAACAUUCAUGUUGCAGCCUAUGUGGUUUAUGGGUCCUUGCAAUUCUCCAACUAUUUAUGUAAAGCUUGAGGGGACUAUCAUAGCUCCAAGCACCAUUGAAGCUUGGAAAUGGCCCAAUGAGAAUGAUAGAGGCUCAUGGAUACGUUUCUCAGAGAUAAAUGGGCUAGUUGUUUAUGGAGGUGGACUCAUUGAUGGCAAAGGUGCUCCAUGGUGGGAUUGCUAUUCUAAUGCCAUGUGUGAAAGUGAAAAUCCAACUGCUCUUCAUUUUCACGCAUGUGAAAAUCUAAUUCUAAGGGGAUUAACUCAUAUCAACAGCCCAAGAAAUCAUAUAAGUUUAAACGCAUGUCAUGGCUCACGAAUCUCUAAAUUGCAUAUUAUCGCGCCAAAUGAAAGCCCCAACACUGAUGGAAUUGACAUUGCUGAAUCAACCAACGUCAUCAUUGAGAAUUCAAAGAUGGAAACUGGUGAUGAUUGUAUUGCAAUUAAUCAUGGUUCCACAUCGAUUGAUAUUGUUGGCAUUUUUUGUGGACCUGGCCAUGGCAUAAGUGUUGGGAGCCUAGGAAGAAAUGGAGCUGAAGAAUCAGUGGAAAAGAUUUAUGUGCGAAAUUGCACCUUCAACAAAACAACAAAUGGAGCCAGAAUCAAGACAUGGAUGGUAAAAUUUAUUUUUCUACAUGGUGAUAUAAAGGUUCCUUUUCUGAAUCUCGAGUCUAUUAAAUUCCACGUGAAUAUUAAUCAUCAUUAAAUAGUCGUUGAAACUUCAUAGGUAUAUCAUGGUAACCCAAAAUACAAUAAA